GGCACAGCCGGCCGGAGCCGCCGGGCGACAGAGACAUGGCUGAGAACCUCUCCUGGGAGCUCGGUGUCUGCACGGGCUAAGGCGUGCGGCCGGGCGAGGUGGAAAAGUUGCUGUUGAAUUUCACUUCAAGGGACCGCACAGAAAGCGGCGAAAUGGAUGACUUCCCCUCCAUCUGCCUGCUGUCCCUGGCCAUGCUGGUUGCCUGCUAUGUGGCAGGAAUUAUCCCCUUGGCAGUUAAUUUCUCCGAGGAGAGGUUGAAGUUGGUGACUGUUCUGGGUGCUGGGCUGCUAUGUGGGACUGCCUUGGCUGUCAUUGUGCCAGAAGGAGUACAUGCACUUUAUGAAGAUAUUUUGGAGGGGAAGCAUCACCCGGCGAGCGAGAUGCAGCGAGUGAUUGAGUCUGAGAAGGUAGCAAAAGUCGCGGUUGUACCUGAGCAUGGCCACGACCAUUCCAGGUUGCAUGCCUACAUCGGUGUAUCCCUUGUCCUUGGCUUUGUCUUCAUGCUUUUGGUGGAUCAGAUAGGCAGCUCUCAUGUGCACUCUACAGAUGAUCCAGAAGCUGCAAGAUCAGGCAACUCCAAAAUCACCACAACACUGGGACUAGUAGUCCAUGCUGCAGCUGAUGGUGUUGCAUUGGGUGCAGCAGCUUCUACUUCUCAGACUAGUGUCCAGUUGAUAGUGUUUGUUGCAAUUAUGUUGCACAAGGCACCAGCUGCCUUUGGCCUGGUCUCCUUCCUGAUGCAUGCGGGGCUAGAACGGAAUCGAAUUAGAAAACACUUGCUGGUCUUUGCAUUGGCAGCACCUGUUAUGUCGAUGGUGACAUACCUAGGGCUAAGCAAGAGCAGCAAAGAAGCUCUUUCAGAAGUCAAUGCCACUGGAGUUGCUAUGCUGUUUUCUGCUGGGACUUUUCUUUACGUUGCCACAGUUCAUGUCCUUCCAGAAGUAGGAGGAAUUGCUCAUAGCCACAAACCUGAAACAACUGGAGGAAAAGGACUCAGUCGUCUGGAGGUGGCAGCCCUAGUAUUAGGAUGCCUUAUUCCUCUAGUUUUGUCUAUUGGACACCAUCACUAAAAGCUCAGAUUUCACUGUUCUCCUCCUUGAUCUGACAUGAGCAGUAAAAUGUCAGCUGCUCCCUUUACCAUUGUCUCUUAUCCAUCAUCCAUCCCAUCCACUGUAUGGAGUUCAGAGGGAAUCUUGAUUGCAAAAUGAGGAAUACUAGGAAAGUUUUUAGUGUAGCAAAAUGUACUUUGGCAACUUGACGUAAAUUCUAUGUAACUUUCUCUUCUGAAGACAUUUGCUAUUUUAAUUGCUACUUCUGGCCCUAUUCUCAGGGAAGAUGGAAUUUGAAGUUUAAGGAAGGUAAGCAGGGAAGAACAUAGCAACUCAUCACGAAAUUGCAAUCACCAAAGUAUCCUGCAGUUCAGCUUUCACAGCUGAGGGUAAAAACCACGGAUUGCUGCAUUAUGAAAGGUUGAAGUCUUACUGAUGAAGAAGGGGGCUCUGCUCUAUCGGUUCUGCGCUGUCCUGGCAACAUAACUGGUCCUUGUGUUGUUUGUCACUAAUUGUAUUGCAGCAAUGGGCUACAUUUGGAACUCUGGAUAACACUGCUGUUGUCACAGAAGAGUCACUUGAUAGGAAAGAAAUUAUGUAGACAAAGUGUAGGAUUAGACUAAGAAUCAGCCGGUUAAGAAAGUGCAAGUGAAUUUUGCAGUGUAUUCCACUAUUUAAGACAAAGGAUAGAAGCAAGGAGAACAGUGUUUUGAUUGUUUAUCCAAUGGUUAAUAAAUUCUAAAAAGGCACUUUUUCUUGGGAGAUGGUCUGCUUCCAAGUCAGUCAUGUGUUAAGCACCAAAAAUGUUAGCAGGAAUUACAUCUUGGGUACUAUGAUUACACUACUGCUUCUAUUGAGAGAAAUACCCAUAGUGCCCUUUGAAAUAGAGCUGUUCUGGGCUCUGGGGAGUAGAAAUCUGAUGGAGACAGCAGUUAAGGGACCAGAGAACUUUACUAGCUCAUUUUCAAAAGUCCGAACUGCUGAAAUCAGUGGAGGGCUGUGUGAGUUUUUCACUAAAUAAAAGGUAUAAAGGAUAACAAAACUAGAUGUUUAGUUAAAUAUUUAUGCUGCAGAUAGAGUACAAAGUGUUUCUAAAGCAGUUCUGAACAAAAAAACCCCAACAAACAGAAAACCAAACUGGUGGGUUCCCAGUGGACUUGUUAGACAUUUUGUUCUUCCUUUGGGAAUUGUUCAUUCACCUCUUAUUGAGAAGCAUUAGUUUUGGUGAAUCUACUGAAGGACUUAUUGCCAAUUCAUGAUGUCUCUCACUGCAGAGGAGUGGUGAAGGAACCCUCUAUUUCCCAGGCACAGCUUUGUCUUGUCAGGCACCAUUUCUGUUAUUCAGAAUAUAUUACACUCUAGUAACUGUAGUGCAUUGAAAAGUCAGGAGUUCUUGACAUGCACAGAAUCAGCAUAACAUUCUUUCUUUAGGGGAAAACUUUUUAAUGCCAUACCUGUUUUAAACUGUACUUUGUCUGCACUUUUUAAAGAUAACAUUGCCAAAUAUAUUUUUCUUUUUGAUUGUUUUUUUGUUUGAAAUGAAUUGUCAAGGCUUGAAAUAUCUUCUUAACUGAAGUGCUUCUUGUUUCCAUUUGAAUGAGUGUCUGGUUUUGAUGCCGUUUAUUACUUAUACUACACAGCCCAUUGUGCCUCUUCUUCCCAUUUUUGUCAUUGUUCUGUUUGUCUGUUAGUUCAGUUAUGGGUUUGGCCUGGCUCUUGGACUGCUGGUUGCUCUGUCUGUUGGCUUUCUAACAAUACAGGUGUAUCCUAGGAUUGAACCUGGUAUUGAUUCCCAGGACGGCUUGUUAUUCGUGUCUUUUACUACAUAAAAAUCCAUGCAAAAUUAUUAAAAAUCAUUUUUCCCCAUGAGACAGUAUUUUCAGGUAGAAUUGGUGUUUUAGGCCUAAACAAGCAUUUUUUGCAUUAGACCUUCUGUGUUCUGAAAAGCCACUGCAAAAUUAAUGACGUGGAUGAGAUCCUCUCCUGUGCAUUCCUAUAUGGUUUUGUUUGGUUUUUUACAACAUAUAUAUGCAAUUAGUAAGUUACUGGUUAAAAAAGUUCAAUGAAACAGGUUUCUAGCAUGUGCAAAUGAUACACAGGGAUGUUUACACCAGAAGUCCCAGUGUCCUUCCUGAUUUCUCACUAAUUAAUUUCUUCCUUGAUAAUCUCACUAUUUUACCUUGCUUAAUUUUUCCAUAUAAGUGUUUCCAAACCUGGAGGGUUUGCAAGAGCAGUAACAGAAGCAGGAGAUAGCUUAGUGCAGCACUAGGUGCUGAUGUUUAGUAAAGCAGUAAAUUUUUAUUCUUUAAGCUCUUAUCUGUCACUUGCAUGUGCACCUUGCCCUGGGAGUUAAGGGGGCAUCCCGACUGCAUUCCACUUCAGCCUCAUUUUGUGUAUAACAAUAGCAAUGGUUUAGGGAGGUAUAUAACUAAGGUCCUAUUCUAUGCCUUUUGUUCCAGUGUUAGAGCAUGUGGAUAGUACCUUCUUUUAAGGAUCAGUGUGUAUUGACCAGGACGUGAUUUCACUGCUAAUAUAACCUCUGACAUAUUAAUCAUAGGUGCCACUGUUAAAAGAUCUUGUCAUCCUUCUAUUUUCCUGUCCUUCAGAUCAUGUUUCCAGUUUCUGGAGCAACCAUCAGAAAUAGUAAUACUCAGUUUAAUGAUUCAUGAAGUAUAGAAUCCAAGUUACAGCAGCAGGUGAGGGAUUUGGAAUGAAAACAUUGGCAACUUAAAAUUGGCACAAAAAUUUUGACAACAUGCUUUUCAUUGUGGCACUUAAGUGAUAGAAGACUUCUGUGGUUUUUAUUUUUUUUCUUUUUCAGAAAUGGCAACAGCAUUUUGUUUUGGCUGCCUCUGUUAUCUCUGUGUGGAAUUAUUAUUUUAAAUUCUGUAACUGAAACUGCAGUGACUAAAGAAACUUUUGGUUAUGUGAUAAGGAGAAUGUAACAUUUUGAAUUAUCAAACCUUUCCAAAUUGUUAGUACCAGAUAGAGGAUUAUUUUCUUGAAGCAGAGUAUUUUAAUGAGUUAAAAGAAAUGGCCCAUUUUAUUAUAACCUUUUUUUACCUAUCUCCCCAUCUGUCACAGUAAAUCCAAGCAUUGAGUGUAGUGAGGGCCAUCUGGUAUCAUUUUCUACUCCUCAGGGGACCUUGGUACAAACAAAUUCCUCUUACUCUCUCUGUAAUAGCCAUCUCUGCUUGUUUUUUCUUCUGUGAGGUAGAUGGCAGCAAGUCUAGCAGGUAAUGUUUAAAUGUCUCCCUUUCCUUCUGUAAAUCCCUCCAGGAAAUCCAUAAUCUUGUCAUCACCUGAUUUUUUUCAGUUAAUGAUUUCUUAAUUGGCAAUAGGAAUUGGACUAAAGCUAUUUCUGUUGAUCCUGGUCUGUUCAAGUACUUUCCCUACUGUUCUAAUGCUUUUAUUAUUCCUUAUAUAAAGAAGGGAAAUACUUCUUUUCCAGCACUUGAUGACAGAUGCAGAAGCUGUACGGACAUUAAUUUAAGUGAGGAUGGCAGAACUGUCACACCUAGACAGGACUUUUUGAUUUUUGUGGCUUGUCAGAUAGCUGGGUAUUAAACACAGAAACCCACCGUUGACUUCAAAAAACCAUUUCCAGGUGGAUUGUGUAAAAGGUUACUAUUAUCCAAGAGGCCCAGGAAAACCACUAUAAUUAUUCAGGAACUAGUUCAGAGCCUUCAAGGAGCUUUUGACGGUAGCAGAUGCGUCCGUGUGGCAUCAGUUGAAUGCAGAAUAAGAGAGAUGCUGUGGAAUAAAUGUUCCUGCUGGUUCCUUCCUGUUCUGUACUGGGACUUGGGAAGAAGAGGAGGGAAACGUACUUGUAUUCUUUUGGGGGUGGAGGGAGAAGGAGAAGUGAUUGCAGAUUGGUGGGAAAGUUUAUGAUGAAUUUCAGAUUCCUGUUCACAUCAAACUUCUUUUAAAAAAUAAUAUUUUUUCUUACUGUUCUUAUAUCUCUCAGCAGCCUUGGCUUUCCAGGGAAAAACAUUGCGUGGUCAUUGCUGUUUACCUGACUCCAUGUAUGGAACUGUAAUUUUAAUGUCUUUUUUCCAAACCAUUUGUACACAAAAUCAUUCCAUGAAUGGCUGCCUUAUAAUUUUUCCACUUUAAUUGUGAAUGGUUAAAAUAAUGUUGCCGUUUUCAAUUUGUUUUAUUAUAUUAAAUUUUUACUAGGUGCAGUG